AUGGAAAAAAGAAAUAUUGAAAAUACAAAUUAUGUUCAACAAAACACACAAAACUUGAACCUCUAUAAUGAUGUCAAUUACACUAAGAGGGUUAUGCAAAUUCAAAGAAAACAUAAUAGUGGUUCAAGUAACAAUAACACUUCUAGGUAUAAACACUUUUUAAACUGAGAGAAAAUUACUUAAUAAUCUCAGUUUAUUUAUGAUUAUUACAUGUGCAAUUAUAUUAAUUAUAUAUUUUUCCUGAGUACAGGUACCAUUUAGCUAUAGAAAAAAGAAAUAAUGUAAAUGUAAAUUAUGUUCAACAAAACAAAUCAGAAAACUUGAAUAUCUACAAUAAUGUCGAUUACACUAAGAGAGUUAUGCAAAUUCUUAAUCUACAGAGCAAAGGUUCAAGUAACAACAACAAUCCAAGGUAUAUAUAUUAAUUUAAUAAAUUCAUAAUUUGCAUACUAAAACCGAUUUAUGGUCAUAAAUCAUAAUAAUUAUUAUUAUUAUUUUAAUAAAAAAAAUUAAUAAUGGGAGAUAAGAUAAUGUUACAAACAUUCAUAAUACUAAUUUCCUAGGAUUUAAUGCUGGUGCUUUGGUGAUUUCAUUUACAUCUAAAUGUAUGUCUAUAAAUGGAUUUACCUACAUAAUAAUACAAUUUAAAACAGUUAUUAGUAUAUUAUAGUUUCUAUAAUAUAGAAUAUUAAAUAUUUCAAAAAUACUUCAUUCAUUGUUAUUGUAAGAUUAGAUUACAAUUUUUUUACAUUGAAAAAUACCUUUCUGGUGUUGCUUUAGUCACAUACCACCAGUAACAUACAAAAUAAUUUGAAAAAAAAAUGUAUAUUUAGAAAAUCUUGUUUUGAAUACACAAAAAAACUCCAAAUCUACUUUUAAUGUUAACAUUAAAACAUUAAAACGUCAGAGGUUUAAAUACCAAAUAUAACUUAUUAAAAAUGAAUAUACUUUUUUUUAAUUACAUUGCUGUAUUUUACCUUUUACUGAAAUUUGGUUACAUGAUCAUGUUUUCGUCUGAACUCGACCUCGUUAGUUAUGAAAUUUAUAGAUCUUACUUAUUCAGUAAGCCAAAAAGAGGCCGAAGGUGUUAAAUUAGCGGUCAGUGAAAAUUUUGUUUCCUCAAUAAUUAACAUAGAUGUAAAAUCCUUAAAAUUAUGCCUUAUUUCUGUCAAACUUAAUCAUUGAUUGUAUCUAUUUUCCUUCAAAUCCUUUUAUACUAUAUACUGUGAUUUUUUAAUAUUAAUAGAAUUUUUUAAUUCUAGCUCAUUCUAAUGAUGAUUAUUUUACUUUUUGAUGACUUUAAUUUACCUAACCUUAAUAAAACACCAUUCAAUGAAAAUGUAAACCCUCUUUAUCCAAAUCUAUUCUUGAAAAUCUAUAUUUUCUUAAUCUGUUUUAAAUAAACACAAUAUCAAAUAACUAUGGAUUUAUGCUUCACCUUAUUCUCUCAAACCCUUCCUCAUUUUAUAGCACAAAAUAGUGAUGCUAUUAUCCCUAUAGACAAUUAUCAGUCUUCUAUAAACAUCUGUUGUACUCAUGAACAUGGGUUUUCUAAUAAUAAAUUAUUGGUAACUAACCUAAUAACUAUCAAACAUUAACACUCAAUUCCUUCUCGAAAGGUCAACAAACUGAUAUUUAUUUAUUUAUUUAUUUAUUAAUAUGGACAAAAGUCCAAUUCACAAUAUAUUUGUAUAGAUAACAAUAAAAUAUAACUUAUAUAAAUUAUAAAUUUAUAUAAUUUAAAAUAAUAAAAUAUAACAUAAUAAAAAAUGAAAAGAUUAUAUAUCAAAUAAUAGUAAUAAUAAUAAUGAUAAUAAUAAUAAUAAUAAUAAAAAUACAUUCAAUGUUUAAUAAAAUAAUUAACUAUUUCCCGAAGACAUUAAAAUAUUUAUGGGGUCAUAUGACGUAAACUUUUUAGAUGAAUGAGGAAUAUAAAAUAAAUGAUUGUUACGAGUGUGGUGGCUAUUAACUUUGAAAUUUAAUUGACUUAAUAUAAAUGAAUCAUCAAUCUCAUUANAUAUUACAUGUAUGACAUAAAAAUCUGAGGGCCUUAUUUUGAACUUUAUCAAGUUGAUCAUUAUGUCCUACAUUGUUAUGAUUCCAAAUUAUUGGAGCGUAUUCUAAUAAAGAACGGACUAGUGAGGUAUAAAGGCAUUUGAGAGCAAGUGGAUCACGAAAAUCGGAGCAGUUUCUUUUUAUCAUACCAAAUACAGAUAAAGCUUUAUUUUUAAUCGCUGAUACAUGAUCAUUGAAUAAUAGUUUGGAAUCAAAUAAAAUCCCUAAAUCUUUAAAUAAUAAUUAAUUUACAAGCUCCACAAAAUUGGUUUUGCCGAUCCUCUUUUGUCGUGGAUUAACUAAUUUUUACAUCAACAAAUAUAAUUAGUUAGCUUUAUAUCAAUUCCUAUAAAGGUAACUUUGGGUGUUCCUCAAGGUAAUAUAAUAUGUAUUAUUCUUAAUAACGGCACAUAGCAAUGGUCAGUCCAUGAAUCAGAACGACUACGGGCAAAUAUGUGUCUCGCGCGCGAAAGUUUAACUUUUCGGAAAAGAGCUGCUAUGCUGCUGUCCGAAGGAGAGUUGCGCAAAGUUAUUCAAUGUGCGCCGUACGUUCCUUAAUAAAAAGAGUCCCAAAGACUGGCGGGAAUCAUCUUCCUCCUCUCCUUUUUAAUUUAUUUAUCAAUGAUAUGGUGUCUUUUCCAACACUAAUUCUAAUAUUUUUUUAUUUGCUGAUGAUGCGAAAUGUAUCAAUCAAUCUUAUCCCUUUUAUCACCAUAUAACUAUAACUAUUCUUUUUCAGGCAUUAAUUUAGUACAUAUCAUUCAACACAAAAUUAUUAUUUAAUACACACAUAUUAAAUAUUAUAAAUAAAGCAUGAUCUGUUUUUGGUAUGAUAAAGGGAAACUUUUUCAAAUUCCAUGAUCCACUAACUAAAUGUCUAUAUAUCUUACUUAUUCAUUCAACUCUUGAAUAUGUUCCUCUAAUUUGAGAAAAUAACAUCAUUGGUCAUUGUGACUAUCUUUUUUUAAGUACAAAACUUUGUUUGUACUUUUUUAGUACAAAACAAAGUUUUCUGAUUCAUAUGUUUCUUUAAAUCUAAUUUCCUAAGAAUCGCCCACACUUAAAAAUUUUAAACAUAGAAUCUAAAAAUACCCAGAAAUAUUACCUAUAGCAAAUUUCUUUUUAAAUUAAUAAAUAAAAGAUCAAUGAUUCAUUUCUACUUAGCCAAAUAAAUUUUAAAAUUAAUAUGUAUAACUUUUACAAGAGUCAUUUAUAUUAUUCUACAUUAUUCUCAAAGUUACAUGUUAAAUGACCCCUUUAAUAUUUUGUUGUCUUCUGGAAACAAUCAAAUUCUUAAUACAUUAUUCAAGACUUAGUAAUCAUUGUAUUAAUAUAUUAAUAGGAUCCCAAUUUGUUAUUUAACAUUCUUUAUUAUUAUUUUGUAUUAUAUAACUUAUAUUUUUACUCUCAGUUUUAGGUUAAUAUCUAUGUAAUUAAUAAUUUAUACCAUUUUUUUUUUCAAAUUUCUAUUAAUAGGAAAGUUUAUUAAAUGUUAGGUAUUGUUAUAUUAUUAAUGUUAUCAUUAUUAAUACAUUGUAAAUUGUACUUUUUCAUAUGAAUUAUAAAUAAAUAAACAUUUUAACUUUCUAUAUUUUUAUUUCAAUAAAAUGAUUAUCAUUUUUAUUAUUGGUAACUUAAACUCUAUACAACCAAAAGAUACAAGAUGGUAUUUUGAAUACAUUUUUUCAGUUUACCACUCCCCUUCUCCUUUUAUCGUUUCUAUGCCACUGACAAAUGUAUAUUUGUUUUUGUAAGUAUAGGUUGCAUUCAACUAUUGAAAAAAAAAAUAUUGAAAAUACAAAUUAUGUUCAACACAAUAUUUCACAAAACUUAACCAGGUAUAAUGAUAUCAAUUUCACUAGCUCAGUUGUGCAGACACAUGGUCAACAAGAGGAAGAUUUAAGUACCAAUACAGCUUUACUUUAUAAACGAUAUUUUAACAAAGAAAAAAAUACUGAACAACCUAUACUUCAGUCCGAAAAACUUCAAUAUGAUUAUCAAAAUCUAAACAAAAUUAAUUUACAAACUUUUAAGAAGUUUAAUUUCAACAAAAAUAAACAAAAUCAAGGAGGAAAUUGUUCAGUUGAUUUGAACGAUUCCACAAAUAAAUCAACUAUUAUACCCAAAAUUAAUCAACCAGUCUAUAAUAAACACCAAAUUAGAAAUUAUCCUGUUCAAUCAUUUACUGAAGUUGAUACUGAAUUAUUUGACAAACCUGCUGACUUAAAUAAAUUAAAAACAUUUACAGCUAUUGAUUUUAACCGCGAUCGAUAUGCUCGCUAUACGAUACACGAGUCUGAAAUAAAGGACUAUGUGCGUACAAUUACAUUUAAAAAUUGUUUCAAAAUGUGUGCUGAAAAUCACAUCAAAGUAAGUCAAUAUUUAUUAAAUUAAAAUUACACAUAUCUGUUGUUUUUUUUUUACAUUUUCUGAAUUUCUUAUUAAAUUGAACAUACUUAAUUUUGAGCAUAUAUAUUUUUUACUAAUGUAGGUGAAAUUAACAUUUAUGAAAAUUACUAAAUGCAUUUUUCAACCUUGAAAUCAUAUAUUAUAAUUAUGUAAAUGAAAUGUUCUCAAAAUAUUUAUUUGAAACUAAUAAGAAUUGCACAUUUUUAUUAUUUUUUGAUUCCGCCAUUCUAAAUCAAUAUAUGUGUUGAAUAUAUAUAUUUUUUUAUUAAUGUUUUAGCUAUUUUAAAUUAAAAGUUUUGUCUUCUAAUAUGUUACUAAAUCUCAAAAUUUAUUUGAUGUAAAACAAUUUAUUAUAAUUGUUUUGGGGUUUUCAACCAAUAUAUCUGGUAAUUAUAAAAAUUAACUCAUAGUUUUUAAUUUCAACUAUUGGAAUAUGGGUAUAAACUGGUGGUGACCUAUCCCUAAUUAUUAAUUUGUUUAUAUGUAAUUGUAAUAGUAACCACUUAAUUCAAAUUUUAUUUUUCAGGAUAAAGUGGUAUUAGUUGUUCGAUGUGGUAUUGGUUUAAUACCAAUGUUAUGUAUUCGAUAUGGAUCUGCUAAAAAAGUAAUUGCCUUAGAACAGUCAGCUUGUAUUGAAUAUGCACGUCAAAUAGUAAUAGACAACAGUUAUGAAGAUCAAAUCACCUUAAUUCAAAGCAGUGUAAUUACAAACUUUAUAUCUAUUAUAUUCAUAAUAUAUUCUUAAAAUUAUAUAUUUUAAAUGUCUAAAAAUUGUCUGAAUGUAUGUUAUGAUAGAGCAAAAAUUUGAUUACAUAAUACAUUUUUCAAGGCUGGUCAAAGUUAAAUAAUUUCUGAAAAUUUGUUUUAUAAAUCAAUUACUAAAAUAGAAUUUCAAUUUGUUGACAGUCAAAUAUUUUAUUAAUUUAGGCCUUUAUCAUUGCAAAAAACUGAUUUAAAGAAUCUUAUUUAAUAAUAUUUAUAUUAUAUACCAGUGGCAUAGAUAUCAUUUUUUCCUCAGGAAGGAGGAUUUAAAUAAAAUAAAUAUUCAAAAUUAAUAACAGUAAAUGUAUUUUCUAAUAUUUUUUGGUUUGAGUUACAUACAAAAUGUAUAGGUAUAUAUUAUUUAUUAUGAUUUAAGCUCUAUAAAUAUUAAUGUUUUCAAGCGGCAGAAAAAGGAAAGAGAUAUUUAUAACUCUCAUCUCCUAAUAAAUAAAUAAAUAAAAUAUUAGACAGUAGAUAAAUACAAAUGUUUAAACGUAUAAAAUAAAAAAGUAAUUCCAAUUUGAUUUAUUUAUUUUAAAGGUAUUAUUGCAAUAGUUAGGAUAGGUUAAUAUUAUAUAGUGUAUUUAAAUCUGUGUUUCUAGUAAAUAAAAUCAUGUUUAUAGGUUCAGGAUUUAAAACAAUUGCCACAUAGACUUAUUCAGGUAGAUGUUAUAGUAUCUGAUUUUAUGGGAGAAUGUUUGUUAAGUCAAGGUGAUCAAAUGGAACAAGUUAUUGAAGCUCGUGACCGGUUUCUUAAACCAAAUGGUAUGAUUAAUAUUUACUAAUGAAAUAAAUAAAAGCAUGUUUUUUUAUGAAGAAAAAAUGACCUAUUUAUAGGUCAAUACUCAUAGUAAUAAUUUUUUUUAAUACAUUUUUAGUUUCAUAUACUAAUAAUGUAAUGAAAUAUAAAACAAACAAUUGUAAGAAAUACUAAAUCUAAAUAUAUAAUAUCAUAUAUUUGGCCCAUAUAUUUUAUUACAAAUAUUUAAAUUACAUAAUUUAUUAUUUUAUAUAUGAUUCAAUUUGAAAAUAUUAGAAAUAAUAUGACCAUAUGAAUCUAUAAUGAACAAAAAAACCUAAGUCAACAACAUUACAUUAUACUUAUACAUUAUAUUUUCCUAAUUGCUGGAUUAUGAUGAAAAAAGUUAUGUGAAUAGUAGUGUAGAAUUGUGAACCCUUGACAAAUACCAUUUGGAUGGGCUCUACCAAUUAACCUUGACAAGUGAUCUUAUUUUUUAUUAGAGCAAACUUUCAUGCAUAAGGUAUGAAGCCUUUUUUUUUUUUGAACUGCAAUCAGGGAGGGAAGUAGGUUUCCCCAUUACUGCCUCUCUGGCUGCAUAGUUUAUGAAAUAAACACAAAAUACAAAUUCAUUACAUUACAACAUAAUGGAAUGAGGCGUUUCGUCCACGCCGCCUUGGUUGUGGUCGAUACAGCAAUUGCCACUGCCCUAUCGUCUCCUCUAUCAUUUCUCGCUUUGAGAGGGCGACACUCCACUUCUUAGCCAUCUUGGCACUCUUACGGCCAGUGGCUUGUAUGAAAGCUGGCGGCAUUAUAGCGAAGACCAGAGCUGCCAUGUCAGAAACUGUCCUAUAGCAUCUUGCCACUCUGAGGGCAGCGCACUUCUGCGUCUGCAGCAGAAGAUGCUUAUGCUUCUGUACAGGUUGGACACUGUCUGCCCACACCGGGGCGCAGUACAACAAUAAGCUGUGUACCACACUCAUCAGCAGGCUGCUUUUGCACUGCGUGGGUCCGCCAACGUUUGGCAUCAGUUUUCCCAGCGCUGCAGCUGCCUUCCUCGCGCCUGCCACAAUCUUCGCCACGUGCUCCCUGAAAGAGAGUCUCGUGUCGAGUUGCACGCCCAAGUACCUGAUUGAUUUCUUUACAGGUACCCGGCAGCCUUGGAUGUACAGUUCAGGGUCCCGAUAGGCAUUUUUUGGUCAGCACUACGCACUCCAACUUGUCAGGAGCGAGUUGAAGGCCUUUUUUGCACAUCCACUCUACGAUGUCUGUGAUAGUGGGGUUGACCAACUGCUCAAUGAGCUGAGCGUUGUAUGCUACGGCUAUGACGGCAACGUCAAAGGCUACCAAUUUGACACCUUCACGUUCCGGGAGCCGAAGUACUCCAUCAUAGAAGGUGUUCCAGAGCGUAGGCCCCAACACUGACCCUUGUGGGACGCCAUAAAUGACUAGUAGACACUCUCCAUCGUUGAGUAGCAGUUCCCUAGAACACAUGUAUGACCUCAGUACCUUCACCAGAUAUUCAGGGGCCGCAUACCUCUGUAGAGUGGCAUCUAUCAGCCGCCAGGGCGCUGAAUUGAAGACGUUUCUCACGUCAAGGGUUAUUAACACACACUGGUUCCUGUUUUGAACCAGGCCGGCACCUGCCAUCCUUGCUACUUUCAGCACUUCCUCGAUCAUGUCCAUUAUAGACCUUGUCUACAGCCAAAUUGAAGGUCACUGAGGGCACCAACAGUUUCAAUGUGGGUGUUGAGCCUAUCCAGCAGAAGCCUUUCAAACACCUUGCCGAAAUCGUCUAGGAGCCUGAUUGGCCGGUAGCUCGACGGACAUCCAUUGGUUUGCCUUGACCCUUGUAGAGCAAGACCAGCUUUGUGCGCUUCCAUCUAGAGGGGAAGUUAGCCUUGAUAAGGUAUGAACCUUAACAGUCUCCUCUCUUGUAUUUUCAUUCUCUGUUCUAUUUUUCGGCUUACUAUCUAACACUUCAAACUAUGUAAUAAAAUCAGUCUCACCACACUUUUUUAGAACUUGCCUUAAAGUCUCAUAGAAAUACUCUUGUCACAUAAAACAUCUAGCACUUUUCUCCUCUUUAUCCAAUCACACUCAUCUCCCCUGUUUUCCUUGAACUUGUUAUUUGAAAUGGGACAAUCCACCAAAGUCUUGUUUAGAACUCCUCAUACUUUUUGACAGAAUUUAAUAAUGGUUGUUAACUUAAGGCAACCCCAUUUAUAACUUUUUAUGAUAGUUAGAGAUACCAUGGUAGUAUGCUUAUUCCCUCCCACAGGGAGACGACUAUUAUCAACUAUAAGGCGAAUUCCUAAGGUUAAAUAAUUGAAAAUGUAUUUAAUGUACAGUGAUACACUCGUAUAGGCAUAUAUAAGUAUUUUAAGUAGCUAUUUUAUUAAUUUGUUUAUUUCUAAUUUUAUAAAACAUGCAUAUCAAUUUAUAACACAUUUUAAAAAAAAAUAAAUGUUUGUAAUAUAAUAUUGGUUUUAUUAUUAUUAUUGGUUUUUUUUUAAUAUCCACAAACUUUUUUACAGGUAUAAUGAUACCUAAAGGUGUUAGUUUGUAUGGUCAGUUAUUAGAACAAAAGAAUACAUAUGAUAAUCAACAUAUACACAAAAAUAGUAAAAAUACAAAACUUAAUGCUGUGGCUAAACAAAUACUGGAUGAAUCCUUAACAAAAGAAUAUGAUAGUGACAGCUCAUCUGAUUCAACAAAUUGUUCUUGGUGGAAAAAUGUUUAUGGUUUUGAUAUGCGGAUCCAAAAAGAAUUUAUAAAUGAUUUUCAUUCUAAGAGUUCUACAAAACAUAAAGAUUGGUGUAUUAUGCCUGAUCCAAUUAUUACAUUUUUUGAUCCAUGCAAAGUAAAUUUUAUUUGUUGUGCAUAUUUGCCUAAAAAAAAAAAGGAAACAGAUCAAUUUUAUAAAUUGUCAAAUAUAAAUUGAAUAUUUUGUAUACAAAUAUUAAGUUCUUUCGAUUUUUACAAUGGCGAGAGGGAACUUUACAUACAUAUUUUUAAUUAUGACUAUCAUAUAAGAAAUAUAGGUAUUAGUUAAAAUUUAUUUUUGCCUCCUUUUUUUCUAUGAAUGACUUUUAUUCCAGCAAUUCCACUCUAACUUUUAAUGAUAUCAUUGUUUUUAAAAGGAAAUUUCACUAGAAAGUACUUUAGAGAGGAUUUUUCCAGGAGUUUUCCUAAUAAAUUGAAUAUCUGGGAAAUUGUAGGAAAAUUGGAAAAAUCUGUACAACAUUAAACUAAUAUUAUUUAAGAAAAUAUAUAAAGCCUUUUUAAUUAUUUUACUAUGAAUUGAGAUAUAUAUUGUUGAUAAAGCAUCAUUAUUAACUAAACUUUGCUCAGAAUCGUUUUUCGUAAUCAAUGGCUUAAUUUUGCCUAUAGGUGUACAUUAAAUUAUAUAUACCAGUGACUACAUCUGUCCCCAUUAUCCUAGGUCGUCUUUUUUAAUAGUACUUCUAAUCUAAAUCCAUAAAAUAAAAUAUGUGUUCACUCAAUAAAAUGCAAGGGAAACUAAUAGUUGUACAAUAUUGAAGCAGAUUAACAUUAUAAAAUACUUAGAUAUAACUAUUGACAAUAAACUGAAAUGGAACAUUUAUUAUAACAUGUUAGAAAACUUUUUAUAUAUAUUUCAUGAAAUCAGGUUCAAUUUUAAUAUUCACAUAAAAGUAUUAUUAUUUAUAUUCUUAGUUCAAUCUAUUGUUAGUUAUAGCAUUUGUAGCUGGGGACAAGCAUAUGACUCACAUACUUACCAACUAAAAAUCACCUUUAAUAAACCAAUUCAAUUUUUGUUAUUAAAGCCCAUGUUUUAUAGAAAUGGAACUGUUUACUUUGAAUUAAAUGUCUUAUGCAUUUAUACAUUUUAUUUUGGAAAUAUCUUAUUAAGUUUUUUCAGAUAUUAAUAUUUGUGUACCUGUUUAAAAAAAAAAAACAACUUGGUUUAAAAAGCUCUAUAUUUCCAGCUACUUAAAUAUGCAGAAAGUUUAAUAUUAAUAUUUAUAAUUUUAAAAAUAUUUAUAUAUUUAAAUCAUUUUAAAAAUCUCUACAUUUCAAAUAUAGAUCUGUAUUUUAUUGUAAAAUUGUAUAUUAUUUUUGUUAAAUUUAUUAUUAUUAUUAUUUUAUUUAGGUAGUCUCCAAUACUUGUUUGAUAAAGGAAUUUAAUAUGUACAAAUGCAAUAUAACUGAAGCACAGCAUUUGGAGUGUAAAGACUUAAAACUUAGAUGUAGCACACCUUAUGCAAGUGCUAAUAGUGGAGAUUUUGGGCAUAUGUUAGAGAUUUUUAUGGUAGUCGAUUUUCCUAAUGGACAUGAAAAUUACAUGAUGACUAGUACUAGUGGUAUUUUGUUUGUUUUUUUAUUAUUAUUAAGUUGCAUUUUAUGUACUAUGUGCGUUUUUUUUUUUAAUCCUUUUUAAUAUUUAUUAGAUACUGUACAAAUUGGAUUUUCUACAUCUUGUUAUUCACCAUUUACUCGAUAUAGACAGACCGGUUUAUUGUUACGAGACCAAUUGCUUGUUAAUAAUGGAAAUGAAUUUAUGAUUAAUGAGUUACACAUAUGGCGUGGUCCUCAGACAAAUUUAAUUAAUAAGUUGUUUGAUAGAAUUGUAUCUAGAAAAAGUUCUCUUAAAAGCUGUACUUAUGAACAAGAUUUAAAAAUUCGUUUAAGGUAUACAUUUGUAAACAAAUAUACUAAAGCAGUUGACAGACGAUGUAUUUAUAUCUUAAACAAACAUUUAUAUUAAAAUUUAAAAAAUAAUUACAACUAGAAAGAAAAAAAUCAGAAUUUUAUGAAAAUAAAUGAUAAAUUCUUCUCUCUCCCCUUAAAAAAAAUUUAAAUAUAUUAUUUGUGUUUUUAGUUAAUUAUUUAAUAGUAAAUUUAUCAAAUCAAAUACAGUUAAACAUUAGCAAUAAAAUAAAAUAUCUUUAGUAAUGUUAUAUAGCAUCAAUUAUUAUUUCUGG